AUGCUAUUAGACAUAAUCACUAUUGGUCUAGCAGUCGCUUCUGCUUACGCGCUUCCCUACGUUGCUUCCAGGCAGCAUCUUUCGGAGCUUCGUCCCAGCUAUGACUACAUCAUCGCUGGCGGUGGUACAGCAGGUCUCACGGUAGCUGAUCGACUUGCAGAAGCCUUUCCAGACAGGACAGUCCUUGUCAUUGAGUAUGGCGAGGUCGAGUACGCACCCGGCGUUUUCGACCCCCCAACAACUGUAUGGGGCGGUUCUAGUGCGAAAGCAGGAUUCUUCAGUUUCAACUCACUACCGAAUCCUGAUAUGGACGACAAAGUGGCGUCGGUCCUUGUAGGAAAGACUGUGGGCGGAAGUAGUGCUAUCAAUGGUAUGUACUUUGAUCGCGGAUCUAGACAUGACUACGACGCAUGGGCCCGAAUUGGAGAUCCUGAGUUCAGUUGGAGUACGAUCAAGUGGGACUGGGACAGCUUGUUUCCUUACUUCAAGAAAAGUGUGACCUUCACUGAGCCGACUCCAAGCGUGGCAGAACAGCAUGGUUACACGUGGGAUAUGUCCGCUUACGGGGGUACCACACCUAUCUUUUCAAGCUUUCCACCAUUUUUGUGGGGCGAUCUUCAAGUUGCCAGAGAUGCUUGGAAGGAUAUGGGCAUUCGAGCGUUAGAAGAGUGCGCUGGGGGUGACAAAGAAGGACUAUGUUGGGCACCCAAUUCUCAACAUCCAAUUACGGCAAGGCGAUCACAUGCCGGCUUGGGACAUUAUGAGGGUGUGAAGAGUUCCAGACCGAACUACAACUAUGACUUGCUAGUCAAGCACCAAGUGAUCAGGGUCGUUUAUCCUGACGACGUUUCAAAAGGCCCACCAUUAGUUGAGGCGAGAUCUCUGGCGGGAGACGAGACGUUCAACGUAACGGCCAGAGUCGAAGUUGUCAUCUCUGCUGGCGCAUUACACACGCCUACCAUCCUGCAAAGGAGCGGUAUCGGACCCGCACCCUCGCUAGAAGCUAUGGGCAUCACUGCUGUACUGGAUCUUCCUGGUGUAGGCUCAAACUUGCAAGACCAUUCUUCGCCCGGUAUAUCAUGGAAUUACUCGAAGCCCGGUAACUUUUCCAACAUGCCUUCGGAUAUGCUCAAUCCUGCGUUUGCCAAUCAAGCAGCAGCAGAGUUCAACAUGACACCAGCAAGAGGCCCAUACACAUUGGCUAUGAGUUCAACUGCUCUCUACAUAUCACUUCCCAAUGUAACUGAAGAGUAUAUGAAUAUAAUCAAGGAGAUGCGCAGAGUUGCCGACGACGGCUCAGCGGCUUCUCAUCUGCCCGAAGGGUCUCACUCAACCCUCAUUGACGGCUACAAACGCCAACUUCACGUACUUGCGGACCUUCUUGAGAACUCCGAGGCUCCUAGCGUGGAAGUACCGUUUGCAACUGGGACGACCAUGCGCCCGAUCAUUCUCCAUCCGUUGAGUCGCGGCACUGUCCAUCUCAAUCUGACAGAUCACUUGGCUCAGCCUAUACUCGACUACCGCGCUGGAUCUAGCCCAAUUGACUUCUCCAUCCACAUCGCUCAUCUCAGAUGGCUUCGCAAGGUACUUGAUACACCCACCAUGCGUAAAUAUGGUGCUGUAGCAGUUAGUCCAGACCCAGCUAUCCAAUCGGACGAAGAUCUCAAAGCGUUUGUUAAGGAGUCAAUGGUGCUGUCACACAUGCACCCAUGCUGCACAGCUGCUAUGUUACCCAGAAAUCUAGGAGGCGUUGUAGGACCGGAUCUCAAGGUCCACGGUGCAGCUGGUCUACGUGUUGUCGACAUCAGCAUCCUACCGUUCCUGCCAAGUGCACAUACCAGCUCUACGGCGUAUGCUGUUGCAGAAAAGGCUGCGGAUAUCAUUAUACAUGACCUAUAA